CAGCCAUGGCAAGCUCUCCGCCGCGCCUCGUCGUCUUCCUCAGCUGAUGGACACCCUCUUCGUGCUCGGCCAGGAGUCCCGGCUGCGCAUCCUCCAGCGGGCGGCGGCGCGCGUCCCCGGCUGCGCGUACCUCUGCGCCUGGGCGGCCCUCCCUGCUGCCCACCCGGCGCCGCCGGCUUCGUCUUCCUCGGCGGCCACCAGCGCCCGCCGCCUGUUGUGCUGCCUGGACGCAUGGCUCUGCGACGACGGAGCCAGCUGCGGCGGUGACGCCGCCGCCGCCGGCCGCGUGCGCGCGCUCUUCGACGCGUACCGGGGGUCGCUCUGCGCCGCCGUGAGCGGGUGCGUGCCGGGGUGGGCGUACAAGGACGGCCGCGCGUUCAUGGAGCUGCCGGCGCACGGCCUGGCGGCCUCGGCGUCGCUGCCGGCGCAGCAGCAGUUCUACCAGGAAGCUGGCAUUAAGAUGGCGGCGUUCAUGGGAUGCGAGAGCGGCGAGAUCGAGGUCGGCAUGUCCACGGCGGCAAGCGGGUCGCCCAUGAGCUUGGAGUCGAGCUUGCACCAGGUGUUCUCGGAGGACUUCUUCCAGCAGUCGCUGCUCGAGGAGCUGCUCCAGCUGCCGCCGACGGGGCCGUCGUCGCCGUCGUCCUCUCUGCCGUCCGUCUCCGUGGGCAGCCCGGCGGCGGAGGGCUCCACGUCGCUGCCCCGCACGAUAGCCGUGACGCCGGCCGCCACGCCGUCCUCCGGGUCAGAGCGGCAGGUGGUGCCGGUGCCGGUGCCGCCGCAUCCGCUCCACCCGCGCCCGCCGCUCGCGUCCCCAUUCGGCCGGCACGGCCGCGUCCACUUUCCGAGCGCCGACGCCGACGACGCCGCGAUGGCGGAGGCCAUGCUCGCCGUCAUCUCCGCCUCGUCGUCCUCGGCGGUGCCGACGACGCCGUCCACGUCGACGGCCGCGCCUCCUCCGGGCAACCACCACCACCAGCACCACAGCGCGCGCCGGUGGCCGCGGCGGCGGGGCACGACGGCGACGGCGUUCCGGGCGUACAACGCGGCGCUGGCGCCCAGGGCGCCGUGGCGGCCGCCCGGCGCCCCCGGACAGCGGAUGAUCAAGAUGGGCAUCUCCAUCCUGAGGAGGAUGCACAUGCUUCGGUUCAGCCGGGAGCGCGCUGGCAGCAUCGCGAUGGCGCAGCGGUCCCAGGAAGAAGAGGAGGACCAGCCGCCGGCGCUGACGAGCAGCCAGCUGAACCAUAUGAUAUCGGAGCGGCGGCGGAGGGAGAGGCUCAACGAGAGCUUCGAGGCGCUCAGGGGGUUGCUGCCUCCAGGAUCAAAGAAAGACAAGGCCACUGUCCUGGCCAAGACGCUGGACUACAUGAACAUCCUGGUAGCCCAGAUCGCCGACCUCGAGGCGAGGAACCGGAGCCUGGAGAGCCGAGCUCACCACCAGCACUCCAAUGGCGGCUGUGGCUGCAAGGAGAGACCGGCCUACUCGUCGACGGAGCUGCAAGAGGUAGUGGUGCUCCAGGGGCUGAGCGGCGCGUCGGAGAGGGUGCACGUACACGUGACCGCCGCCGGCGCCUCGACACCGUCGUCCUCGUCAGCGGCGUCGGGCCGCCGCGAGGUGACCGUGCGGGUGGAGGCGCGGGCGGCGCACGGCGACGUGGCCGAGCUGGUGGCGCGCGUGCUGGUCGUGAUCAAGGAGAUGGGGUGCUUCACGGUGGUGGCCGUCGACGGCAGGCGGCCGGGCGAUGGCAUUGCUCACGCCACAUUUACGCUGCGAGCAACGGCGGGCGAAUUCGACGAGGCGUCGCUCAGGGGGGCCGUCAUGAAGGCUGCUGCCGAGGACUCGGCGCCGCCGCCGCCGUCGGACGACUAGCUCGCCACCACGACGCCGCAGACCGUAGCAGGGCUGGAAGUCGCCCUCUCGCCUGCAGCUUUGACCGGAGACGGACGGGAGACCCAGAGAGCAUGUUGCUCCCAACCUCAAGUCCGUGGUUGCGGCCUCUUCUUGGCCCCUGUGCUAAUGUGCUUCGCAACGAUGGGCUUCUCCGUCCUUCGCCUUGU